GGGGACAACGACUAAGUACUGGUCAUUACUACACUGAGACCCUGGCCUUUUACUUGUAUUAAAAGGUCGGAGUCUUUUACAUGUAUGAAAAGGUCAGGAUCUCAGUGUAGUAAUGACCAGUACUUAAGUUAGUUGUGGACUGUUUUUACAUUGUUUGUGUUCUCGUUGUACUGCAGAGUUAUGGAACUACCCUUGAAAGGAAUAUCAAAGCACUCAAUAUGUCAACUAAAGGGAUUACAUUUGGCCUUGAGUCCUUUAUGUCUGAAAAAGUGCGCGAAGAUAGUUUGAUGUUAUGGCAACUGCUAACAAGGGAUGAUUAUUCACUUGUUCUAGACACAUUCUGUUCAUCUACUGAUGCUGAACCGUGGUGUGGUAAUGCUCUUGGAGCAUGUUGUGAUUCCCUUCUUAAAGUUUUUAUGGAUCUCGCAACUGAUGUUGAAAUCUGCAGCACCUUGUCAGAAUUUGAAAUCAAUGAGUCCCAAAGUAUGGAAAAUGUGGGUAGUGGUGAAAUACCAAUCGACUGUGGUGAUUUGGAUUACGAGACUUCACAGCCCGAUUAUAGCAUGUUGCCAUGCCCAGCCUAUCUUCAUGAUAGUGAAUGUGAAGAUUUUGGAUUUGAUGUCACAGUUGAAAGCCCUAAGGUGGGUACAGGGUAGUUGUAAUUGGUUUUGUGUAUUCUAAGGCCUUUUUGACUAUGCAUGUUUCUUGGACACACAUACUUUUAGCUUGGGUGGUUGAUUGUGGAGGCCACUGUUAAUGCGUUUGCGUUUCAGCUGCAAAAAGCCUUUCUGCACUAGCCCUAAUCUUCAGCAAUG